AUGGCAUCCUUAACAAAAGACUCUCAGAUCAUACUCGUUGGUGCAGGCGUGUUUGGUUUAUCAAAUGCCCUCCAUUUAGCCAAAAAUGGUUACAAGAACAUCAAAGUUUUUGAUCGUUUAGAUAUGGAAGCGAAUCACUACACUUUCUUGGAAGGUGCUGACACUGCUUCUGGUGAUAUGAACAAAAUUUUCAGAGCUCAAUAUGCCGAAAAAAAGCAUUACCAAGACCUAGCGUUCCAGGCAUUUGAUGUAUGGCAACAAUGGAAUCGUGAUAUUACUCUUCUACCACCUAGUGAAGCUUCAAAGUACACAGAUUUGAGAGUUUUGGAUCUUUGUGGCAUGUUGAGACUCGACGAUCAAUUGGGCUGGGAAGAGCAAGCUUCCAGAGAAAACUACAAAAAUGAAGGUAUAGGGUCAUUGAGAUAUGAUGUCAAUAACGAAGAAGAUAUAAAAAGAGCCAAUGCUUGUGGUCUUGGUUAUAAAAUGAAAUUUGCUCAAGACUUGAAAUCCAAGAUUCCAGAAUUAGAAGGUGCUUUGGAUUCUACUUCUGGCGUAUUGUACGCUUCUAGGGCUUGCCAAUAUGCAAAAUAUUUGUGUGAAACAAUGGGUGUCAAGUUUAUUCUCGGAGACCAAAAGGGCACUUUUAGUGAAUAUGUUUACAAAGAUGCUGGCAACACAGAAGUUUGCGGCAUCAUAACCAAGGAUGGAAACAAGCACUAUGCUGAUUUGGUUGUAAUCAAUAGUGGCCCUUGGUCCACCUCUUUAGUCCCGGAAUUGGAUGGUAUUAAUGAAGGAACAGCCGGUAAUAUUGUUACUUUCAAAAUUCCAGAAUCUCGAAAAGACUUAAGAAUGAAGUACUCUGCUGAAAACUUCCCAAUUGUUGGCUGGAAAAAUGGUCACUCUAGAGAGCAUGAUUACUUGGCUGGUAUGUUUAUGUUUCCAAUAAUUGAGCCUGAGGGAUAUAUGAAGAUGAUUAUCAGGCAAACAAAAUACACAAACCCUGUGAAAUUAGAUAAUGGAAGGGUGGUAUCGAUUCCUAAAACGGCUAACAGUGAUCCUCCUUUCCAAUACUUGACUAAGCACAUAAUGAAGCAGGUAAGACAAUGGCUUAAUGUUUUCUUUCCAGAUCUCGUUGAAGCAGGACUAAAAUUUGAAAGUAAAAUCUUGUGGUACACUGACACUAUAAACAAUGACUAUAUUUAUGAUUUUGUUCCAAAUAAAAAAGGAUUAUUCGUGGCCUGCGGUGGUUCUGGUCAUGCUUUCAAAAUGCUUCCAGUUCUUGGUCAAUUCUUGGUUGACAAGAUUGAAGGACGUGAAAAUUUUUAUACUGAUUUAUUUAAAUGGAGAUACUCUAAAGAUUUUGAAAAGGAUCCUAAUGGUCUAAGAGAAGGUCUAAAUGGUGGUAGAAGAUAUGACAUCCAGGAAAUCUCUGAUCCUGAAGAUUAUAAAAUUUUUCCAUUGAAGGCUAAAUUAUAG